AUGGAGAAACUCCAAGUUCAACCCAAGACCGACCACGCCGGCUACGUCGAUAUCUCCGAGUCUGCCGUUGCGCGCCCGAUCAGCACCCGACGCGACCGGGUUGUUGCUCGGCUCGCCGCCUGCUUGGGGCUCAUCGCAGUAGCCUUCCUGGCUCUAUCCUGGGCCCCCAUCUCCUUUUCCGGCAUUAAGUUCUUCUCGUGUCAUGGAUGGAAGAGACACCACGAUGAUUCUUCGCUUCAGGAAGCUCCGUUGAUGGAGGAUCCACUGCUCGAAAUGUUUCCACCAGUUCGGGUCCUAUCAUCGAGUAAGAAGAUUCCUCUGGAGGCUCACAUCAUGAGUAAAUGCCCGGAUGCUCGGGACUGCCUGCAACAACUUGUCCUGCCAGCUAUGGAGCAGAUCAGCGACAAGGUUGACUUCGAGUUGUCCUUCAUUGCCGAAGUAUCUAAUAAAUCGUCGGAGAUACAAUGCAAGCACGGUCCCACCGAGUGCAUCGGGGACAUGCUCAUCCUCUGUGCGGCCAACCUGCCCUUCCCGUCGGAGAGCGAUACUGUUUGUCCCACAGUGUCUCGUACUCCGACUAUUCGGUCUCUCGGGUUUGCCAACUGCCUGAUCAACUCGUAUACCGAUAUUCCGAGCCGUGAUCUGGUUGAGGGCUGCGCCUUGGAACAUGGUAUCGAUUUUGAAGCCCUGAAUAGGUGUGCUAGUCAAGAGAACGAUGGCUUUGAUGGCGACGAUGACGGCGAUGAGCACACCCCGCCAAGUGGCAUUGCCCUGCUGCGGAAGAGUGCUCUGCACAGUGCGGAGCUCAGCGUCAAGACCAGUUGUACUCUUCGGCUGGACGAAUCUGUUUGGUGUGUUAGGGACGGUGGAGUCUGGAAAGACUGCGUGAAAGGAGGAGAGGGCAGUAAGGUCUCAGUGCUUGUAGACGAGGUGAAAGAAUUGUGGGAGAAGGCCAAUUGA